AGGAAACAGCCCCAGGGAAGUUCUAAGCUCAAUCAAACACCUCAUUGUGUUACCUGCUCCAAUACCUUUACUGAGCCCCAGGAACUUUGCUCAGACUGUGUUGGGUCACUCAGAUGGUGGACUUCUAAGGAGGAGGCAGGAGUGACAGCCAUGGGGCGCGCUGCCAGCUCGGACCUGGAAUCACAGAGAGCUGCUUAAAGAUGUUCUGUUUAUGUUGUUUAUGGUUAAAAGCUGUAUGAUGAGUUAUUCUGGGUAAGGGAGGGGCGACUCUGUGGAUAUUUAUGUUGGGUCACCAUCAGCAGAAUCAUGACUUCACUUGAAUUUUCUUUUAUAAUAUGCGCUGUUAUAAUAUGACUGUACUGCACGAGGGUUGAUUUGCAUUAAUUCAUGCAAGAUUUCAUGUAAAUCAUCAUCCAAAAAAAACCUGCAGAAGCACAAAACAAAGAGAGAGUUAUAGCGACUUUAGUUUCCUCUUCAGUCACACAAACACCAGGAGACACAAACACAGACACUGUCAGAGCGACUUUACCAGCAGUAACAGUCAUGAGUUCAGCUCUGUAUCUGGUCCUGCUUUUCUCAGCUCUGUGGACGCUCUCCUUCUGCAGGACUCGUCAGUUUCAUGUGGUGAAUCAAGAUAAGACCUGGACCGAUGCUCAGAAAUACUGCAGACACAAAUUCACGGACCUGGCAACCAUUGAGAGUCAAAAGGAGAUGAACUCUCUGUUAGCUGUUCUCAGUAGGAAAACAGGCUAUUUCUGGAUUGGACUGAGACAGAAAAAAAAUGUGAAAAACACUUGUUUCCAAGGAGCUGCUGCAGGGCCGGCGAUGACCAGUGGGGUCAACCGGUGCUGUACGUGGUCAGAUGGGAGUAAAUUCUCAUACAGCAACUGGAACUCUAGGGAACCAAACAACGCUGGCACUGAUAACUGUGGAGAGUUAUGGAGUUCAAAUGGAUACAGGUGGAAUGAUGAAAACUGCAGUCACACAAAUCAAUUUGUCUGCUAUAAGAAGCUUCCACUCAUCCUGAUUAAGCAGACCAAGACGUGGAGAGAAGCUCUGAGAUACUGCAGAGAGAAUCAUGUGGAUCUGGUUUCUGUUCACACUGAGGAAAUCCAGCACUGGGUGGAAACAGCUGUUUAUUAUGCCUCCACUGCUAAUGUGUGGAUGGGUCUGCGUCACACCUGCACCCUCAGCUUCUGGUUCUGGGUGAGUGGAGAGUCAAUGUGCUACCAGAACUGGGCUCCGGGGAACGGGACAGGGGUGGAAGACUGCAGUGGAGGAGAAAGAACAGGAGCGGUGCAUUCUGGGAGUAAGCAGUGGGUCAGUCUGCCAGAGGAUCAGAGACUCAACUUCAUCUGCACCACGUCUGAGGAGAUCUAGAAGAGGAUGCAGGCUGUUCAGCUGGAUCUCCACAGUUCAGGAUCAUCAUGAUAUUUGGCAGUUAUUUCUUCAUCAUCAUGAUGCUGAUGCCUUCUUUAUCUUUCAAAACACAACAAUUCAGGUUAAGAACACUGAUAUACAUAUUUUCCUGAGGCAGCUCCUUUUUGUGCCAUUGAAGGAAGAGAAAGUGUCAGACUCAUAACAACUUAUUUUCAUCUAAUAUUGUAGCUUUGUAAAUGAUAAAUGUUCUGACUUUAACAAUGUUUAUAAACUGUACUUGAGCUGUUUAUCGUUGAAGUGCCUUUUCUUUUAUCUGUAUGUCUUCUUCUAAACUUUUCCUUUGUGUGUAAUUCAAACAUUUUCAUUCUUAUAAAUUUCUGUAAUACUUUUCAAAGAACACAAACCUUUAAGCCCCUGUUUUACUUAGCGCAGGCUAAAAUAAUGCAUUAUAGGUUUAAAGUAAUGUGCUGUUAGUUUUAUUUCUAUUUUUGAAUUGUAUAAUGUGGGUUAUUGUUCUUUUUGUCUUUGCUCACUUACAUAAAUAAACUGGUGUAGAUUCUUGGCCUGUAUUGAGAGAAUUCCACCUGAGGCCAUUAGUAUGAAAGCCCAUUCUCAGCAUGUUGUUUUGACUUCAAAUAAAGUGCUUAAGUAAACUGCCA